AUGACUAGACCUCAUUGGCCUACUCUCAAUGAGAAAAUGGAGUCUAGAGAGGCUUCUAAUGUUGAAGAUAGAAUUCCUUCCAAGUGUUUUAGGUCAGUGACCUCGUGGCGCAUUUACGAAUGGAGUAGAUGGAGACCUUUCCAAAUAGCUUUGCCUGUGUUACUGCUCAUGUUCUUUGUUAUUAGUACUUUAAUCAUAUUUUCUGCGCAGUGCGUACUCGACAAAGUGCUGGAAUACUAUCUACUGUGCGUCGGAUUAUUUCCUCUUUCCCGUGUAAUGUCAUUUAUCCUAAAGCGCAGAAAAAUCGCUCUUGUCGAACAGCAGAAGGUGGAAUUGUUCCGCAGGAUCAUGACACAGAGACCUGGAUUAAAUUUGACUAGCUGGGACUCUUUAGCAGUAGACAUAAACGAGUAUUUGAACCAGGAGCAGUUGUGGAACACACCAUGGUUUUUUUUCAACGGUGCUAGUCUCCAACAUAUCUUCCGAUCGUUUCUGUACCUUCCUCUCAAAGAUGGAAAAUUCGAUAAUGAUGCAGAGAUCAUGCUUCUUCUUGACGCUACAGUGGCGUACGAAAACUCCGUUCACAAUCCAGAGCAAUCAAGCGAGAAGAGCGAGCAAAUCUUUGGCGGUGCGCUGGGAAAUGGAAAACUUCCUAGAGAUUCAUAUCGCUUCAAGAUUGCGUGGUUCAUUGCUCUUGAAAAGAUGCAACUAGUAAUUACGGGUUUGGCGGUAGCCUGCUGCUACAUUUUUUUUAAUAAUGGGGCUUUAUUUGGGGCUAUUUUGCCUUUGGCGGUCUCCCUGAAAUCGUUUAUCGAUAGAGGUGCUAACAUGCCACUUGAUGCAACGGUCAAAUUUAUGGAGGCUGUUGACUUCUUUGAACCGGGGGAAGAUGGUUCGAUAUGGGAUGAAAUCGCCUUGAAAAUGAACUGCGAAUUCAAGUCGCAACGCAAACACAUGCGUGAUGUUUUUUUUGACGGGGAAAAUUGUCGCCAAAUGUUCAGGUCCAAGAUGUCCUCUAUCAUUGCGGACCGCAAGCCAAGAAUGCCAGAGCUUAUUUCUUUCGCGCAUGAGCUGAAUGUGGAUUGUGGCUGGAGUGACGAAGAUAAAUCAAGGCCCUGA